GAAGUGUUCGCGUGCCAACAGCUGUUGCACUAGCAGCUUUUUCAUUUAUCUUACACAUUUGUUUUGUUAUGCGCUCAAAAUUUGUUUGUAAACGAUACUUGUUAUUGUAAAAUAUUGUGAUAAUUAAAAAUAACUAAACGCGAUUUGCGGCAAACAUUGUGAAGUGUUGUGAAUAUAGCUAACCUACAAAAUACAUAUUGCAAAUGUUUGUUAAUGCUUAUGUGCUAGUGAAUUAUCAGUGAUAUCAAACGGAAUCAGUCGUAAAAUACAAGUACUAAACCAUCGCAUUCUGUUAAUUGAUUAAUGCAAUGAAAUACAUACAAACAUAUGUAUAUAGAUAUUUAUUUCUAUAGAUACUAACAAUAAACACCCGAGAUUAACGCAAUAUCACCGCGCCGGCAAAGCAAAAAAAAAAUAAAUAAAACAAAAACAAAGCAAACGAACGACAAGAGCUUUCAGCAGUAGCUUAAGCUCCACGCACGCACACAAAGCGAGUCAACUGUGAUCGACACUGUCUUCCCCCCCUUUUACACACAACUUUCACAGCGAGAGCCAAGCCCCAUUGAAAUGCGAGUCGUGAGUGUUAGUCUGCUUUCGGCCUUCGUUCGGCUACCAUCGCUUAUUCGCUCACCUGCGCCUGUGUCGCGGACUGUGAAUAUUAAAAGCUUAUGCGCCGUUUCACCACGAUUGCUGCAUAGUCAAUCAGCUGCAAUGAGUCUGCCGGAGCGCAAGCCAUUUACACCGGAUUUCUUCUUUCGUCAACUGUUCGAUGGCGAGAGCAGCACCUACAGCUAUCUGCUGGCGGAUGUGGGUACCGGAGAGGCAGUUAUCAUAGAUCCCGUGCUGGAGCAAGCUAAGCGCGAUGCGCAGCUAGUAAAAGAUUUGGGCUUCAAGCUCAAAUAUGCCAUCAACACUCACAUGCAUGCUGAUCACAUCACCGGCAGUGGCUGGCUAAAGCAGUUAACUGGUUGCCAAUCAAUAAUUGCUGGUGCAAGUGGCGCCAAGGCUGAUCGCCACAUCAAAGAGGGCGACCGCAUUGAGUUUGGACGGCACUCGAUCGAUGCACUGGCCACACCUGGCCACACCAAUGGCUGCAUGAGCUAUGUUAUUCAGGAGCAGGGUUGCAUUUUCACCGGAGACACUGUCCUGAUUCGCGGCUGUGGACGAACCGACUUCCAGGAGGGUAGUUCAAAGAGUCUCUAUGAGAAUGUGCACAACAAGAUCUUCAGUCUGCCGGAGAAUUAUCGCAUCUAUCCAGCGCAUGAUUACAAAGGACAGCUGGAGAGUAGCGUGUGGGAGGAGAAACGUUACAAUCCUCGUUUAACGAAAACUCUCGAUGAAUUCAUACAGAUCAUGGAUAACUUGAAUUUGCCCUAUCCCAAGAAAAUCGAUGCUUCACUGCCUGCAAAUCGCGAGUGUGGAGUCUAUGAUAUACCCAAGGAGUAGGCGUCACAUAAUACAAAGAAGUUUACAAUGACUUUGUAGGGAUACGGAAAUUUUUGUCGUGGCUCAACUCGCUCUAAGCUGUAUUUCUUACCAUUUCGGAAGUCAACUACACUAAGUUUGGACUAUUCCAUUGAAAAGCUUUACUAAACUUCUGUCAUAUUUAUAUAUUUUUAAUAAGCAUUUAGGAAAACAAUAAAUUCAACAGCGACUAAGUAUAUCUUAGUUUUUUGUAAAAAAUAAAACUAUAAACAAAUUGAUUAA